AUGAAGCGCCCGCGGCAUGUGGCGGCGGCCCUCUGCCUCGCGUCCCUCUGCCUCUUCGCACUUCCUCACACGGCCGGCGAGGUCGCCCCGCAGGAGGGAGUCGUGGUGCCGCCGUACUGCGCCAGAGGGCCGGAGUUGCAGGAUGGGGCGGAGGAAGCAGACAACCCAGACGCACAGCCCGGCGGGAUUGGAACCGUGCGAACACACGAAGGAUGCUUUCAGCAGAGGCGGGACCGCUUCGUCGUGGUGAAGCCAAGCCCCACGCUGCCAUGGUCCAGGCCACUGCCGCCUUGUCAGCACUUUUUGCAACGCAACGAAACGCUGCGGCUCCACUACCUCGUCUCUGAUCUUUGUCGCAUGGGACACACUACGAAGGACGCGCCGCACCUCAUGACCUUCCUGAUGGAUUACCUUGCCCCCUGCUCAUUCCAGUGUCGGCGGGCGUCAAGAGGCGAAACCGCCGCCAAGCGGCUUCGCGUGCAAUUGACAGUUCUCUACGGCAACGUUUGUGCGUCGUACCCCGCGCCAAGGCUGGAUGAGCCCUUCCAAAGGGUUAUUCUGCGGUGGUUUCACGCCGUGUUUCGUGGUGGCUCGCCCUUCCUUGAACUGAUGGCGGGGUGGGGUAUUGACUUUGUUCUCCCUGCCCGCGCUCCUGCGAAAAACACGCUGCGCUUAACUGAAGUUUUUUACAAAACGGCGAUGUCCAGUGGCGGCUUUUUCUGCCCGCGUGAUGAGGAAGUGCCUCCGGCAACCCCUACGCCGGGCUCUGCUGAAAAAGAGAGCAGUCAACAUGCCUUGUGGAUUGUCACGCGAUGGGAGCGCUUUCGCUGGUUUCGAACGCGUGCACAAGCGAGUCUCUUUCGGCGUUGCCUGUUGCAUUAUUACAAAAUUUCUCCCCGUCCGGCUGAUCAUAGUGUCUUGUUGCUUCAGCGCUUAAAUGAGCGACGCUUUGAUGAGAUUAUUUGGCAGCAGAAGCUGCAGACACUUUUAAACCCUUAUGGAGUUUCUGUGUCGAGGCAGACUUUCAGCUCCAUGUCGUAUGCCCAGCAGGCUUCCUUCAUGCAUAACAGUUCUAUUUUCAUCGCCUCCCAUGGGGCGGGAAUGGUAAACAUCAUGACCAUGUCACCAGGGAGCGUGGUUGUGGAACUGUUUCCACACGGUUUCCGUUAUGCCAUGUAUGAGGAGUUGGCGGUAUUGUUGGGCCUGCAUUAUAUUGCGUAUGAAAGCCCAGAAGUUUGGCCACCGCGUUGCUGCAGGCAGCGUGGGGGAGACACAUCAACACGGCUUGAGCCUCCGCUGCAGGGCAACCCGCCCAAGACAACCUUUGGCGCGCGUUCCUGCAAAGAGUGUGACAUUAAGAUUUUGGAAGAAGACAUGGACAGCAUUAUAUUCGAUGCUUUGGGAAUCGUGUCCGCCAACGGUCGUCUGCGCUCACUUCGUACCGUGAAACUCGAGCGAGGGAGUCUCCCUUUCGCAGCCGUAGGCGGAUAA